GAAGAAGGAGAAGAAGAAGAUGGGUUACGUUCUGCGAGUGAGGUUGGCGUCGUUCUUCGGCGGAGCUGCGGUGGCGUCGUUUAUGGGGCUUUACAUCCUUCACAAUGACUACAAGGUCGCUCAUGAGGCCAUCUCUCAUCAGGUGAAAGGCUUGCAUGAGUCACUGGACAGACGAAUUUCAGCUCUAGAGAGUAUAAAACAAACGGAAGCUCCACAACCUGCAGAAGCAGCUGAAUAAGAUGCCUUAGGAAUAUCUACUGCAUUUGAUAUUGUGGCCCCUAAAUGAUUUUUCCUACUAUGCAGGUAGUUUCUGUUAGUUUAUCCUCCCUCUCAAAGAAUAACUUUGAUGUGAUUGGUUUGUUUGGUAUGCCCAAUCAUGUAACGUCAAUUACUUGAAGGCUUGAGUUUUGUAUCUCAUAUCAGAUGACAAUUAUUGC